GGAUUCAGGAAGCGCCGCGCUCCGGCCGCCGGCGCCGCGCUGUCCGGAGGCCCAGCAGUGCAGACGGGUCCGGGGUCAGCAUGGCGGAACCCAGCGAUGGCCCCUGCACAGGGCCCGGGGAGGUGGCGGAGCCUCCCAGCGAUGAGAGUGGCCUCCCUGGUGGAGAGGCCUUCCCCCUCUCUUCGCUGGCCAACCUGUUUGAGGGGGAAGACGGCUCCCCCUCGCCCACACCGAAUGAUGCGGGUCGCCCUGCUGGCCCAGGCGAUGGGCGACCGAACCUGCGCAUGAAGUUCCAGGGCGCCUUCCGCAAGGGGGUGCCCAACCCCAUUGACCUGCUAGAGUCCACCCUGUAUGAGUCCUCGGUGGUGCCCGGGCCCAAGAAGGCACCCAUGGACUCGCUCUUUGACUAUGGCACCUAUCGUCACCACCCCAGUGACAACAAGCGGUGGAGGAAGAAGGUCAUAGAGAAGCAGCCUCAGAGCCCCAAAGCUCCCGCGCCCCAGCCGCCCCCCAUCCUCAAAGUCUUCAACCGGCCCAUCCUCUUUGACAUCGUGUCCCGGGGCUCCACUGCCGACCUGGACGGGCUGCUCCCCUUCUUGCUGACCCACAAGAAGCGCCUGACUGACGAGGAGUUCCGGGAGCCGUCCACGGGGAAGACCUGCCUGCCCAAGGCUCUGCUGAACCUGAGCAACGGCCGCAACGACACGAUCCCCGUCCUGCUGGACAUCGCCGAGCGCACUGGCAACAUGCGCGAGUUCAUCAACUCGCCCUUCCGGGACAUCUACUACCGAGGUCAGACCGCCCUGCACAUCGCCAUCGAGCGCCGCUGCAAACACUACGUGGAGCUCCUCGUGGCCCAAGGAGCUGACGUCCACGCCCAGGCCCGGGGGCGCUUCUUCCAGCCCAAGGACGAGGGAGGGUACUUCUACUUUGGUGAGCUGCCCCUGUCACUGGCCGCCUGCACCAACCAGCCGCACAUCGUCAACUACCUGACGGAGAACCCCCACAAGAAGGCAGACAUGCGGCGGCAGGACUCGCGGGGCAACACCGUGCUGCACGCGCUGGUAGCCAUCGCCGACAACACCCGCGAGAACACCAAGUUCGUCACCAAGAUGUACGACCUGCUGCUGCUCAAGUGUGCCCGCCUCUUCCCCGACAGCAACCUGGAGGCCGUGCUCAACAACGACGGCCUCUCGCCCCUCAUGAUGGCCGCCAAGACGGGCAAGAUUGGGAUCUUCCAGCACAUCAUCCGUCGGGAGGUGACAGAUGAGGACACGAGGCACCUGUCCCGCAAGUUCAAGGACUGGGCCUACGGGCCGGUGUACUCCUCGCUGUACGACCUCUCCUCCCUGGACACGUGCGGGGAAGAGGCCUCCGUGCUGGAGAUCCUGGUGUACAACAGCAAGAUCGAGAACCGCCACGAGAUGCUAGCCGUGGAACCCAUCAAUGAACUCCUGCGAGACAAGUGGCGCAAGUUCGGGGCCGUCUCCUUCUACAUCAAUGUGGUCUCCUACCUGUGCGCCAUGGUCAUCUUUACGCUCACUGCCUACUACCAGCCGCUGGAGGGCACUCCGCCAUACCCUUACCGCACCACGGUGGACUACCUGAGGCUGGCCGGCGAGAUCAUCACGCUCUUCACCGGGGUCCUGUUCUUUUUCACCAACAUCAAAGACUUGUUCAUGAAGAAAUGCCCUGGAGUGAAUUCUCUCUUCAUCGAUGGCUCCUUCCAGCUACUCUACUUCAUCUACUCUGUGCUGGUGAUCGUCUCGGCAGCCCUCUACCUGGCAGGGAUUGAGGCCUACCUGGCCGUCAUGGUCUUUGCCUUGGUCCUGGGCUGGAUGAACGCCCUUUACUUUACCCGCGGGCUGAAGCUGACGGGGACCUAUAGCAUCAUGAUCCAGAAGAUCCUCUUCAAAGAUCUUUUCCGCUUCCUGCUGGUCUACUUGCUCUUCAUGAUCGGCUAUGCUUCAGCCCUGGUCUCCCUCCUGAACCCUUGCGCCAACAUGAAGGUGUGCAGCGAGGACCACACCAACUGCACGGUGCCCACCUACCCCUCGUGCCGCGACAGCGACACCUUCAGCACCUUCCUCCUGGACCUCUUCAAGCUGACCAUCGGCAUGGGCGACCUGGAGAUGCUGAGCAGCACCAAGUACCCCGUGGUCUUCAUCAUCCUGCUCGUCACCUACAUCAUCCUCACCUUUGUGCUGCUCCUCAACAUGCUCAUCGCCCUCAUGGGGGAGACGGUGGGCCAGGUCUCCAAGGAGAGCAAGCACAUCUGGAAGCUGCAGUGGGCCACCACCAUCCUGGACAUCGAGCGCUCCUUCCCAGUCUUCCUGAGGAAGGCCUUCCGCUCCGGCGAAAUGGUGACUGUGGGCAAGAGCUCAGACGGCACGCCGGAUCGCAGGUGGUGCUUCAGGGUGGACGAGGUGAACUGGUCUCACUGGAACCAGAACUUGGGCAUCAUUAACGAGGACCCGGGCAAGAAUGAGAACUACCAGUAUUACGGCUUCUCGCACACCGUGGGCCGCCUCCGGAGGGAUCGCUGGUCCUCGGUGGUGCCCCGUGUGGUGGAACUGAACAAGAACUCGAGCCCGGACGAGGUGGUGGUGCCCCUGGACAACGUGGGGAACCCCAGCUGCGACGGCCACCAGCGGAGUUACCCCCCCAAGUGGAGGACCGAUGACGCCCCCCUCUAGGGGCUGCAUGCAGAGUCAGGGUCUCCGGCCUGCAGCCCAGCCACACCCCCUCCACCCGCCC